AUGACCCCUCCACCUGGCUCAGAUUUUUUGGGGAAGGUAUGUCAGCUGCGUCGUGCCCUUUAUGAAAUGAAGCAGGCGCCCCGAGCUUGGUUCGCCAAGUUUAGUACUGCGCUCCUUCAGUAUGGCUUUUCUGCAUCUCCCUAUGACUUUGUUCUCUUUAUUCGUCGUUCUCCUGCUGGGAUCAUCAUUCUCUUGUUGUAUGUUGAUGACAUGGUUACUACCGGUGACGAUACUUCUGGUAUAUCUGAUCUACAGACCUACCUUCAUCGACACUUUGACAUGAAAAAUCUUGGUCAGCUCCACUAUUUUCUCGGACUUGAGAUUUCUGAUGCUCCAGAUGGCAUAUAUCUAUCUCAGGCGAAAUAUGCAUCUGAUUUCAUAUCUCGUUUAGGUUUGAAUGAUAGCCAGAUUGUAUCCACCCCUCUCGAGGGGAACUGCCGACUUGCUCCUUUCGACGGCACUCCACUAGAGGAUCCCUCCCGCUAUCGGCAGUUAGGGGGAUCCCUAAUAUACUUGACAGUCACUCGCCCUGACAUAGCUCAUGCGGUUCAUGUUAUUGCUCAGUUCAUGGCUAAUCCCCGGACAGUUCUCUAUGCUGCUGUGUUGAGCAUCCUUCAUUAUGUCAAAGGAACACUCCCACACGGUCUUCAUUUUUUUGCUGACUCUCCAUUGGUUCUUGCAGGUUUCUCUGAUGUUGAUUGGGUAGGUGAUCCGACUAAUUGUUUCUUUAUCACAGGUUAUUGUUUUUUUCUUAGGAGUUCCCUUGUUUCUUGGCGCAACAAAAAACAGACUCUCGUUUCUCGCCCUAGUGUAGAGUCUGAGUAUCGUGCUGUAGCGGAUUCGACUUCAGAGCUCCUUUGGCUUCGUCAGCUUCUUUCUAAUCUCAGGGUUCCUCAGCCUUCUUCCACUUCCCUCCAUUAUGACAGCACGAGUGCAAUUCAGAUCUCCCAUAAUGAUGUCUUUCACGAGCGCACCAAACAUAUUGAGAUUGAUUAUCACUUUGUUCGUCAGCAUGUUCGUGCAAGCACUGUUCAUCUAUCUUAUGUCUCUUCCGAGGAUCAGACUGUGGAUAUCUUCACCAAGUAUCUCUUCCUAGGCCGGUUCUCCACAUUGUUGAGCAAACUCAAGUUGGUUUCUAUUUUACCACCUUAA